AGAAAAGAAAAAAAAUUCAAACGCCAACCAACUCAGCGCACCGAAGCCUCCGCCCCGCCGCCGGCAAGAUGUCCAAGGCCGCCGCCGCGGCGUCGCUCCCGCCGCCGCCGCCGGAGGUGGCGCACCUCGUGGAGCAGCUGCAGCGCCACCACCUCGCACCCGACGCCUCCCUCCUCUCCACCUCCGCACACUCCGACCUCCUCCAGGCGCGAGAGGAGGUCGCGGCGGAGCGCGCGCGGUACCUCGAGGCCCUGGCGGUGUACGCGGAGGCGAUGGCCAUGGUGGAGGAGUACCAGCACGCGACCGCCGCCGGCAGCGCCGGCGCCGGCAAGAAGCUCAAUUGCUCCCCGCAGGUGUACGAGUCUCUGGAACACCAUUUGGCGGUUGCGGAGGCGGCACAGAGGUUGAGGCUCCCGCUGCUCUCGCAGGACGGGGAGGUGCAUGAGGAGGAGAUAGAGAAGCUGAGCACAUUGUCAAGGACAUCGUUCGACAGCACCGUGACAAGCGCCACACACAGCUCAACCUCAAUCUCAACUAGCUACAAUAAUUACAGCAGCACCGGUAGCGCGUUGACUGCUGCUGCUGGUUCGGAGCUCGUUGAUCCUGGAGCUGGUGGCGUUCCCGAUCGGUUUCUUGGAAUUACAUCUGAUUAUCUCUAUCAGGUGCAGCAACAGCAGCCGGCCAUGACUGUGGACAUGGUUGAUUAUCAGAGAACAGUGGCCAGAGAGAUUGAGGCACGGUUAGAAGCCAAAUGUGACGCUUUAGCUGAUCUUUUUGCAAUGGAUGAAAGGGAUUCAUCAUCCAUCAAUCAGAUUUCAAGUGCCAGGCUGCCAGAAAGGGUGAAAUUAAUUAUCGAAGAGAUAGAAAAGGAAGAAUCUCUUCUGUUGGAGGAUCUUGCUUCGAUGGACAGGAAAUUUGCUGAACACUAUAAUGUUCUGGAGCAAAUUCUUGCUGUACUUAUACAGUUUGUUAAAGAUAAGAAGUUGGAACACCAACACCAAUAUGAUGAUGUGAAGAAGACCUGGCUUAUUAAGAGAUGUCGUACGAUGAAUGCUAAACUAAGCUAUCUGGAGCACCAUCUCUUGCGUGACACCUACACUAAGGAAACAGUACCUGCUCUGCACAGGAUCAGAAAGUAUCUUGUGGAGGCAACAAAAGAAGCAUCCAAUUCCUAUAAUGAAGCGGUCUCACGACUCCGUGAGUAUCAAGGUGUAGACCCGCACUUUGAUGUAAUUGCGAGGCAGUACCAUGAGAUUGUAAAGAAACUGGAGGGCAUGCAGUGGACGAUCCAUCAGGUCGAGAUGGACCUGAAACCGGCUUCAUCAUGAUCACGCAGGUGUCCAGUUACUUUCGGAGAAGAGAUAUGAGAUAUCUCGUGUCUGUCACCAGAAACAGAAUGCCCAGGUUCCCAAGACGCUAGUUUCAUUCGAAUUUGUUGUCUCACGAUUGCAGUAAAGCUUCACCCGAGCGCUCGGCGUAUAUACGGCGCUGGUGGUUGUUGGUUUAACGUGUAUGUAUUAUGUGUGUGUUCUGUUCUAGGUAUAGAGAACAAUUCAUGCAUGGAUCAAGCGCCAUGGGUCUCAUUUGAACUUGGAAUCGAGCUUUGCUCAGAGAAGUAUAUCCGUGUGUUCGUUCAAUGUAGUCUGUUGGAUUCAGAGCAGCAGGCAAGCCUGGGGAAACUUGACAUCUUCUUUUCUUCUUCAGUUACUGUCGCCAAGUGCUGGACAACAGCGAUUCAGAAACUGAGCUGCUUUGAGCAAACAGCGAUUCAGAAACAUGUGGAAAGAGUGCAGGAGAAGAGCAUCACGUAGCCGCCACUAUUUUUGUUGGCUGGGAGAGUUGCAGCUGUGAUCCGUCAUAUUUAAGCUGCCGCUCUGUCUGUAUAUAUGUAUCCACAGGCCAUCGACACGACACCGUUUGCAGUUGAGAUGCAGUGUCGUCACUUGUUUGCUUUCCUGCACAAGGACUUUUUGCGUUUGGUAAAGCGGCGGCUCUUCGAAAAGACCUAUUCCUUUUUUCUAAUAAUAAAGAAAUAGCCAUUUACUUCA